UUACCCAGCAGGCAACGCUUCUGUCUCGGGUUAAAAUGGUGAGUAGGCCUGCUGUUGCAGCGUCAAGCAAGUGGCUGAAGGGUAUUCGAAAAUGGUAUUACAAUGCUGCCGGGUUCAAUAAACUGGGCUUAAUGCGAGAUGAUAUAAUAUAUGAGAAUGAUGAUGUAAAAGAAGCCAUAAGAAGGCUUCCUGAGAACCUUUAUAAUGACAGGGUGUUUCACAUUAAGAGAGCACUGGACCUGACCAUGAGGCAACAGAUCUUGCCUAAAGAGCAGUGGACAAAAUAUGAGGAGGAUAAAUUCUACCUUGAACCAUAUCUGAAAGAGGUUAUUCAGGAAAGAAAAGAGAGAGAAUGGGCAAAGAAAUAGUCAUGUAGUCUAAAUCUGGAUGUGGCUAUCCUAAAGUAUUUUUAUGAAGCUGGUUAAACCUAAAAUGUACAAUGUAGAACU